CCCCCACCUCUGGGAAUGACUAGGCGAAUCUCAUUUCCAUCUCUACUGUUCAGAGGACAGUCCUUUCUCUGUGCAGCUCAAGAUACUGGUGAGCAGAGCUGGGUCCAGGUUCUUAACAGUCAGGUGGGGAGGGGCUCUCAGGUGCUUCUGGGUUGGGAUGAGUGAGCCUACAUAGACAGAGGUGCAUAUAUACCAUCUGGAACUCCCAGCCCCGCCCCACCCUCUUUGUCUCAUCAGUGUAUUAAGUGCAAUGACCUAUUUAAGAAAAACCCAUUCCACUGAUGCCAAUUUGGGGCUUGUCCAAGCACUGCUUCCCUCCCGCUCUGUCCGAGCUACCUGGACCAUAAGCUCAACUUGAGAGGGAAGGCUUUGGGUUGA